AUGCUGGGGUUCAUUCGUACCAGCGAGAGCUUGGGCUCUCAUUUGGUGUGUCCUACGUACCGUCGAUGUCGAUUAACUCACCUACCUCGCUGUUCUCCACUUCUUAUACUUCGGGAUCCUACGCGCCGCCAACGAUCAUCCGGAUCACAUUUACAUCUUCGAUAUCGGAACGACGACAGCAGCAAUCAUUCUAGGAAUAAAGGCUGGUUCGCUAAUAGACAUGCUCCACAGCUGGGACGGGGAGGCACGGACAUACGGGAACCUGGUCAGGUUGACUUGGGCGAUCAUGAGAUCUCCAAUGCACAAGACGACAGAGGGCACGACAUUGGGGCUGGUCCCCGGGUCGAGAGCUUUGAGGAUGUGAAGAGACAUUUCAACGCUAUCCUCCGAGAUGGCCAACCAGACCAGGUGAUGGAUGCGAUGCUGGAUCCUCGCUUUGAGAGCUUGGUUUGCUUGAUGCCACCCAGCACCUUUGUCGAAGUCUUCCAUCUCCUCUCCCCGGCUUACUUUAUCGAUCCCUAUCGGGAAAUCCAUCGUCCCAUUCAUCCGUCGGCUGUCGAUGUCAAGCAGUACAAAUCACUGGACUCGAUUUUCGACGAAUUUGCCAGUAACCUUUCUGCCAUCCUGCAAAUUAGGUGGGCGGGCGGCCAACCCUUGGGCCUGGCUGAGUACACGCACCUGCUCGAUUGCGCACGCUCAAUGGGCGACGCCAUCAUGGCAGACUAUAUCUGGCAAACAAUUAGGGAGGAUGGAAUGGUGCCGGAUUCCAAGUGCUAUAACUACUACAUGGAGGCGAAAGUCUGGGAUAGAGCAUACACCGGCUUGGAGAAGUAUCGCCUCAGAAUGACCCCUUACCUGUAUCGGAAGAGGAGAUUCUUCGAACCCAACCCCGGAUGGCAAGGUUACGGUACGGCUGCCCGGAGUGUGAGAAAAGAAGUGCUGCAGAUCUUCAACGAGAUGACACAGGAGGGUACCUCGGGGGACACCACCACCUUUGUCAAUGUGAUCCUUGCGUCAAGUCGAGUUGGCCAUAUGCAAGGAAUCAAGAAUGUCCUGCACACCGUCUGGAACAUUGACGUCGAUGCGCUGCUCGACCAGGUCGAUGAGUCGAUGCUUCCAGAAGUGACCCCAUACGACCGUUCCUCACCGCUGUACCCCACAAACCACCUGCUGUUCGCCGUAGCUCAUGCCUUUGGCACCAACAAUGAUAUCCCUGCCGCGCUGCGCACCAUAGAUUUUAUUUCGAACAAAUAUGACAUCCCGGUGCCGGAGAAUGUCUGGCUCGAGCUAUUCGAGCGAUCGUUCGUUUUGUCGCGUCCGAGGUUUGGCCCCGACGCUGAAAGGAAUGCGAAGGGCCAGGUUUCAUAUGACUUCCUCAACUCCAUGUUCGAAACAAUGACAUCCGAGCCUUUCAACGUGCGUCCAACCAUCGAGGUGCACCAUAUCCUCGCCAAAACUGCGUGGGAUCGCGCCAGGCUGUCGGAAUUCCAGCACCAUAUGGAAGCUGCGUAUAAUAUUUUAAGGGAGACACGAAAGAAGAGAAGAACUGCGAGGUCGAUAAUAGAGGCGUAUCUGGGACAGGCACAAACGGAAAUCCUCAAAUCACGAGCCUUUGCAGAUGCUGUGCACGCAUAUGACAUUCUGCGCUUGCGCACUAUGCAGCAAACCGUUGUCAUGGAGCGUCUCGCAAGACUAUUGCUGAUUCACCAUCGUUGGCUGGGUCGUCGGAACCAAGCGUGGGAACGGACCCUUCUUCCGCAGGCGCUGGAAGAAUGGCGAGACUUUUUGCCGGAGUCCGUGGUAUACCAUACCCGAGGAGGACUCGUCGAAUUCGAUGGUGCCACCUCUUGGCGCCAGCGUAAUAUCAGAACCCAUGAUAGAGUACCAGUCCGGCGGCCAACCUUCGGAACGAACUUCGAGCUAGAUGACGACGCAAACGAUAUAGACGACGACAUUUUCUGGGAUUAUUAUCGACAAUCUGCCCCGCAUCUUGAUCUGUCCAUUCCACCCCUGAGAAGGCUUUUCGAGGCUGUACACGAAGACAAUGUUAGUAGCACUUACGACGACGAAGCUUUCCUGGCGGAAGAACUGGGAUACGAAACUGGCGAGUAUGAGAUCCCUAGAGUUACCGCAAGGACGCCCAGACAAGCGCGCUCUACCACUUGGGAACGCCAAGCAAGAGAGGACGAAGAUCCCAUAACCACAGGUCCGGGUCCUCUCGCAUGGGCUUGA